CCUCAGAUGAGAGCAGCGCCUAGACCAGCGCCGGCAGCUCAGCCUCCCGCAGCUCAGCCUCCGGCAGCGGCUCCACCAGCUGCUGAGCCCCGGCAGCCAGGUCUCUUGGCCCAGAUGGCAACCCCUGCAGCUGGCGUGGCUGGGGGCUCUGCUGCCGGACACAUGAUAGGUCAUGCCAUCACUGGGGGCUUCAGUGGAGGAGGCAAUGCUGAGCCUUCAAGGCCUGACAUCACUCACCAGGAGCCUCAGGGAACCCAGCCAGCACGCCAGCAGCAGUCUGACCCACGCCACUAUGAGAUGAAACAGUUUCUGGAGUGUGCCCAGAACCAGGGUGACCUGAGGCUUUGUGAAGGUUCCAGCGAGGUGCUGCAACAGUGCAGAUCUGCAAAUGGAUUAGCCUAAUCGAGAAGUUCAAAUUGAAGAUAUGGAAAAUCAUGUCUCAUAACCAAGUUAAUUUAGCAUAAAAAGAUAAUUGAUGGUGAAUAUAUAAGGUGUAA